AUGGGAAGCAUUAUCGACGAAAAUCGACAACCAUUGUUGUUUGCCUCUGCGAACUGUUUGCCGGAGAAUAAAAUUGAAAGAAGGGAGGAUGAAGAUGAUAAGGAUCUGAAAACAAGAGUAUGGAUUGAAACAAAAAAAUUAUGGCACAUCGUUGGCCCAGCCAUCUUCAGCCGUAUAGGGACUUACACGAUGAACAUUAUUACUCAAGGUUUUGCUGGUCACAUUGGUGAAGUUGAACUUGCUGCUAUCACCAUUUCUAAUACCGUCAUUGUUGGCCUCAGUUUUGGUCUCAUUUUAGGGAUGGCGAGUGCAUUAGAAACCUUAUGCGGGCAAGCUUAUGGAGCAAAAAAGCACCAUAUGUUAGGAAUAUACAUGCAGAGAUCAUGGAUCGUUAUAACCCUCUGUUGUAUCCUUCUCCUUCCGAUGUACAUAUUCGCUACCCCAAUUUUAAAAGCACUCGGUCAACCAGACGACGUCGCAGAGCUUUCAGGGCUAGUGGCGUUGUGGUUUAUUCCACUACAAUUCAGCUUCGCUUUUCAAUUUACGAUACAGAGGUUUCUACAGAGCCAGCUGAAGACGGCGGUUAUCGCCUGGAUUUCACUAGCGGUGCUGGCGAUUCACACGGCGAUUAGUUGGUUGCUUGUGUACAAAUUGAAUUUGGGGAUAGUCGGAGCCGCCGUCGCACUGGACAUAUCGUGGUGGUUGCUGGUUAUUGGGCUGUUUAUAUACGCCGCAUGCGGUGGGUGUCCAGAAACGUGGAGUGGGUUUUCGAUACAAGCAUUUUCGGGACUUUGGGAAUUUUUUCGACUCUCCGCUGCUGCUGGUGUCAUGCUUUGUUUGGAGAACUGGUACUAUAGGAUACUGAUAUUGAUGGCGGGGUAUUUGCACAAUGCGACGUUGACUGUUGAUGCGUUAUCCAUCUGCGUACGAGUGGCGAAUGAGCUAGGUGCUGGAAGAGGAAAGGCCGCAAAAUUCGCAACAGCGAUAUCAGUGAUAUACUCUACAUUAAUAGGGCUAAUAUUUUGUGUACUAAUAAUGAUAUAUCAAGACAAAUUUGCUCUAUUCUUCUCAUCAAACUUUGAUGUCCUAAAAUUUGUCAAGAAGAUCUCUUACCUUCUUACUCUUACCAUUCUUCUAAACAGUGUUCAACCCGUUUUAUCCGGAGUUGCAGUUGGAUCAGGAUGGCAAUUAAAAGUCGCUUAUAUUAACCUAGGUUGUUAUUACCUUGUUGGAGUUCCUCUAGGAAUUCUUAUGGGUAUGUUUCUCCAUACUGGUCUUGAGGGAUUGUGGGCAGGAAUGAUUUUUGGAGGAACAACUUUGCAGACGAUAAUAUUGGCUUUUAUAACGUAUCGUUCUGAUUGGGAGAAAGAGGCAAGAAAAGCUAGAAUGCAUGUUGAAAAGUGGUCGGAGCCACCUCCAGUUAGUCAAUCAUAG